AUGGCGAGCUUAAUGGGGAAUGGACACGGAGCCCCGGGAAUUGUGAGAGAUCCGGCGACGGUGAGGGGACUAGAGAUCCCUCAUGUUUUGCCACACGAGAAGGUGUUUCCGAUUCAGAUCGGGAGCAAGCUAUUUAGGUUGAGCGGGGCCAGUAUCAGUUCUGAUGCGUUUAGAACCCCAGCUGAGAAACCUAGAGCACCCUCAUAUUUCUCGGAGUACUUUAAGUGCCAGCUAGCCACGGCCGAGACCCGCAGGGCACAGGGCGAACCAGACCAAGGAAUCAAGACGUUAUACAUCGACCGAGAUCCCACGAUAUUCUCCGAUAUAUCGCGGCAUCUACAGGGCUACCACAUCCAGCCCCGCGAUGGAUCGCACUUCGUCAAGCUAUUCGCCGACGCCCAAUUCUACCAACUACCAAGGCUAGUAAGCCAGCUCUUUGAAGACAACAUCUACAUCUCCAUCGGCGGGCGCGAAUUCCGCGUUCAAAAAGACCUCUUCACCGCCCCCGGCGACACCCCCAACUACUUCACCCUCGGCUUCGCCGUCAUGUUCUCCUCCACCGACGCCGUCUUCCCCGGCCUCGACCGCGCCGGCCUCCUUCGGCCGCCCUCCAUCGUCCCCCCCGCCGUCCCCAGCCGCUCCGGCGAAGUCUUCGCUGAGCUAAUCCACAUGCUCAAGGGCUACCCGCUGCACAUCCGCAACGAAGCCCACCGUGCCGAACUGCUUAGAGAUUGUAGAUAUUUCCUCUUCAAGGGGCUGGAGCAGAAACUCAUACCGCAUUCUAUAUCGCAUAAUCUCCAGCGCGGGAAGGAUGAGAUAACUAUCCGAUUAGAAGAUAUCCGCCAGCCGGGCCUAAGCAUCACCUUCGAUGCACCCUUCCAGACUGUCCCCUCUCCCGAGCCUUUCGCAAGACAUCUCCGCUACUCCGCGCCCAGUAUGUCGGGGUGGGUGCACUACAUGCGUCCUUUCGUUGACACCACGCCGCACGAGCUCAUCAUCGAGAUCAGUGGGGAAUGCACACGUCUUGACGUCGACACCAUGCGCGCUGAGUUCUCCGGCGAUGCGAAGAAAAGAGUUAAUCGCCUCGUCGAGGUACUGGCUAAUAAAAUCAACAUGCCCAAUGCACGUCCCAUGGGUCUGCUGAUGGGGAGUGGAGCGGGGAGUCAGCCUGAGAGCCCGGCGAGUGGGACGUUGGGGGAAGGGGGUGUGAAGGUUGUGUUUGAGGGGGGAAGUUCGAUUGUGCUGGAUGGGAAGGUGUGGAAGGAGGAGGAGGAGGGGGAGAGUGGGGUGAAGAUGGAGGAAGAUGGUGUGGUGGAUGUGGAUGCGCCGUCGAGGAAGAGGAGGAGAGUGGAGGGAGGCGCGGAGAGCGAGGUCUGGACUGUUAGGACGGGGCAGUGGAGGGUGAGGGUGCAGGCGGCUUCGAAUGAUAAGAGUGCGGUGGAAUGUGUUUUGAUUGCGGUGAAGAUUGAUGCGUUUACGGCGGAGCUUGCGAGGAAUCAGCAGAGGGGGUUUCUGAGUGGGUAGGGUGGUGGUUUGUAGCUGUAUGGGGUAUUUUAGGGGUCUUGUUGUAGUGGAUAUUAUCAAUAUCAUUCAUUGUGAUUUAUUUUUCUCGAGAUGCUAUAAAUAUUAGGAAAUGAAAG